ACGUUGCAUGAACCAAAUGCCCUCUUGUUCAGUCCUGUCUCGGUCCCUUUUGCCCUAAAUCCAUUCCCUCUAUCCUACUGUUGGUUGCAGAGCGACGGAGAAGAGCGAAGAAGAAUAAAUGGAUACGAAGAUGACAGAGGUGACUCAGUUAUUCGAUCGAUUCAAAGCUGCUUCUGUGAGGAAUGAUCAGGACACCUGCACAAAGCUCCUCUCCCAGCUCAAGGUCUUGUUGACAGGAUUUAAAAGCCUUCCACCACUGUUUGAAGAGUCACCAGAUGCCAUUUAUGAAUUGACAAUAGCAAGGGAUAUAUAUGAACAUGCUGUAGUUCUUAGUGUGAAGACAGAGGACCAAGAUGCCUUUGAGAGGGAUUUCUUCCAACUGAAACCUUAUUAUACAGAUGCUGGGCACCGUUUACCACCAUCGCCGCAGCAGUACCCAAUUUUGGGCCUUAAUCUUCUUAGACUCCUCGUGCAGAACAGAAUAGCGGAGUUUCACACUGAACUGGAACUGCUUUCAGCCACCACCUUGGAGAAUCCUUGUAUUAAGCAUGCUGUGGAAUUGGAACAAUCUUUCAUGGAAGGGGCUUAUAAUCGCGUUUUGAGUGCAAGACAGACAGUGCCACAUGAGACUUACGUUUAUUUCAUGGAUCUCCUUGCAAAGACAGUCAGGGAUGAAAUAGCAGGAUGCAGUGAGAAGGCAUAUGAUUAUCUCUCAAUUAGUGAUGCAAAGCAGAUGCUCAUGUUCUCUUCUGAACAAGAGUUAUCUGAAUAUAUAACUGAGGAACACCCUGAGUGGGAGAUAAAGAAUGGAUUUGUAUAUUUCCAGAAGGCAAAAGAAUCAGCCCCUUGCAAGGAGAUACCAUCUUUACAGCUGAUCAAUCAGACGCUUAGUUAUGCCCGAGAAUUGGAGCGGAUUGUAUAAAACUGCUUAUUCUAAUGCAACCGUGGAUAAACUUACUAAAGCUAGAUGCUUGACUGGCUUCACUCAAUUUGUGAGAGCAGUCACAGAGCUACAGAAUACAGACCUGUUGUGUUUGAACUUUCAAAUGUAAUUCGUAUGACAAAGCAAAUGCCAGUGUUGGCUAUGAUGAUGCCCUUUGUCACAAGAGAAACUGAACUGCCUCUUUGUUUUACUAUAUUCCGUAUUGAUCGUGAUUGAAUAUUCCUGAAUAGACUUGUUCCUUAUUGAUCAAAGUUCUUAUUUUCAAGUAA